UCUUCUCUCCCAAAAAACACUAAUCACAAAAACACACUCUCUGCCGUUCCCGCCACCUCCCACAGUACACAACCAUGGUCGACGGCGAAGUUGAAAUCAUUCGCGGCUACGAACUCCGUCUCCUCCGUUGCACCUUCUCUUUACCACCACCGUCAGAUCCUCCUCUCGAUGAAUCCCAAUCUGGUAUUCAUCCACACGAGACUCUUAUAAGCUCCCUUCUGUCUUCAAUCGAAGCUGGAGACUAUCUCGGAGCUUUAGCCUCCGAUGCUACUAGGUUAAUACUCGGAGAUUCCGAGUUGGACCUUGUCGACUCGGUUGAUUCCGCCGAGAGAUUUUACUCUGAGCUUCUCGACAAGGUUGAAUCGUUCGUGGUGAACGAUUCUGCUGAUGAAGUCGAUAAGGCUCGCCGUGCUGUUUUGUUGAUGUGCUUAGCAGUCGCGUCUACUUUUUGGUUCACUUGUUGCAAUUUGACCGGUUCUACAGAAGGAACAACAAAAUGUUCAGUACCGUUUAAAGUAUCAGAAACUAAGGAUUUGGUUGAGUGGGAGAAUUGGGCUAAGAUUCAGCUCAUGUCUGUUGGUUCUGACUUGCUUGGGAAGUUUUCUAAUCUCCAGCAUUUAGUUUUUGCUAGAAUGCUGCUGUUUAAUUUGAAAGAUUUGUUGUUUGCGACAACUGCAAUUGAAGUAAGGAGUAUUUCAUGCUGGCUUGUCAGAGUUUUGCUUAUUCAUCAAAGAGUUCUAGACGAGCUAUCUUCAUCUUUGUUUGAGAUGUUGCAAAUUUACAUGGCCGAAGCUCUAGGCCAUUUUGGAGCAUUGGAAAACAUGAAAAGCUAUUGGGAUACCAAGUUGCUAGAAGAUGAAGCUUCAUUCAUCAUGUCAACCAUCCAUCUGGAAUCAUGUGUACUGCAGUUUAUAUGUGGAAGGAUUGACCCUUCUCGUUUGCAGCUUGAAUCUGCUAAAUCAGCAGCAGGGAUCGAGUUCUCUGUUACCGGGGCUCUUGGAUUUCGUACUAUUCACCAAAUAGAUGCCAAGGCACAGAUGGUAUUGGUAGCCAAGACUAGCUCAUCCAAUGGGGACGUGAGGUUGGCCUCUGAGAAAGCUGAUGUUGGACCUUAUAAAGCUUGGGAAAUUGAACCACCUACAGUAUAUAUGACUCCCAACUUUGCGAACAACGAGAGUGAAGCUGGCAAAGAUUCUGUGCCCUUGAAACCUGUUGAACAGGCAUUGAUUUUGGCUCAGUGCCUUCUAAUUGAAAGGGGUAGUCGGCACGAUGAGAUGCAAGGGUGCGAUAUGGCUCCAUAUAUUGAGGCAAUUGAUGCUCAAAAAUCAACAUAUUUUGCUCUACGGUGUUUCUGUGACUUGUUACGUGUUCGAUGGGAAUCAACUCGAAGCCGUACAAAGGGACGCGCCCUGGAGAUGAUGGAUAAGCUGGUUGGAGCUAUUAACAAGAGCGAUCCUGGAGUAUCAAAUCGGAUCCCUUUUUGCUAUGCAGUCCUUCUUCCUACUAUUCCUUCUUUGAGAAAGGAAUACGGUGAGCUUCUGGUGAGUUGCGGUUUGGUUGGGGAAGCAAUCACAAUAUUUGAAAGCCUGGAAUUGUGGGAUAAUAUGAUUGUCUGCUACUGGGAAAAGAUCAAAGAAUCAUUCAUUGCAUACAAAGAAGUGCUUAAAUUAAACCGAAACAACUGGCAGCUGUGGGAGAGGUUCAGCCAUUUAGCUAUGGAUGUGGGAAAUACUGAUCAGGCCUUUGAAGCUAUGCAACAGUUAAUGAGAUUGACCAAAAACAAGUGGAUUGAUGCUGUUUUAUUGGACCGCAUGAUGACAGAACUGGAAACUAGGAAUUUAUCAUGCAAGUCAUCAUUGUCAUUGACUGAAAUCGAUGCUACAACAAAGACUGAACAACUCCACAUAGAGUUGUUUGGGACAAUUAUUCAGCAGAUUGUCAAAGUAGAAAGUACAUCUGAAAACUGGGAAUUAUAUGCAAGAUGGAGUAGAAUCAAAGGAAAUCUUAUCAGGGAUCAGAAGUGUGGAAAGACAAAAAGCGUUUCAAGAAGUUCGCAAGAGCGUCAUUGGAACUUUGUAGAGUGUACAUGGAGAUAUCAGUGUCCACAGGAAGCAAACGAGAACUGUUGAGUGCGGAGAUGCAUUUGAAGAGCACAAUCAAACAAGCUAGAGAGAGCUUCUCGGAACUUGAGGAGGUGAGAAAUGUAAUGCUGAAGAAGAGUGAAGAAGAGACUAGAAAUACAACAAAUACAUGCUGAGUUUUUUCCCUUCACCAUUUUAGAUGGUUCUUUUUUUUUUUUUGCGGUGGACUCUUGUGUUAAAAAAAAGAUGUCGUGCCGUUUUGACAUUUUAGAAGAUUAAAAAAAUGCGCGUCGUUUAUUGUGGCA